UUGUAAUAGAGUGGGGGUACAGAGUUUAAAUUAAAGGGGAGUUGCCUCCGCAGUUUUCAAGUGGGGGUAAUAUAGAGUGGGAGUUGAGGAAGAGUGGGGUUUCAGAGUUAAAGUGCGGGUUCCAGUUCCAGAGAGAUCAUUUCUGUCCUAGAUUUCCAACAUCAGCAGCAGCACCAGCACUAGCAGCAUCAGCACUAGCAGCAUCAACACUAGCAGCAUCAGCACUAGCAGCAUCAGCACUAGCAGCAGUAGAGACAUUUUUUCGAUAUAAAAAAAACUAUGGAUUUACAAAAACUUAACGCUGUUGGCCGUAUGGAAAGCUUCCUACCUACCAAACCGCUAGCUGAAUUGACUCCAAAUGGGUUGUAUGCAGUGACUAAAAUAAAGCGAGUGCAGACCAAAUUCGGAGUCAGGAUUGUAGCAGAAUUGGAUGCUGCUUUCACAACAUUCCUGCCAGCAAGGUUUGCUCGGCUGUUUGAAGCUGAACCUACUUCCUAUACGAUGAUGGAAGAAGCCGCGCAGUCUCAAACAUUGCAAUUAAAAUAUCUCGGUGGAAAAUUUAAUGAAAUUCAAUUUGAAUAUAAAUAAUAUAUUAAAUAUUAUUAAAAUAUACAUAAAAAAAUUGUAAUAGAAAAAAAUGUAAAUAUAUUCAAAAAUGUGAGAGAAAAUAAAUUUAUAAAUUUUUACU